GGGUUGCACAACUGCUUCCAGCCGGACGGAGCUCGGCCGGCUGCGCCGGGGCCUGUCCCAGGUCAGCUCGGUGCCCUUCCUUGGAGCUGCCGGCCACCAGCAGAGCCUACCCUCUUCAUGGAAAGCCUCGUGCAGUGGCCCCCUGGUGAUGGCAUCCGACAGUGAUGUGAAGAUGCUGCUGAACUUCGUGAACCUGGCGUCCAGCGACAUCAAGGCAGCCCUGGAUAAGUCCGCACCCUGCCGCCGCUCCGUGGACCAUCGCAAGUACCUGCAGAAGCAGCUCAAGCGCUUCUCCCAGAAGUAUUCCCGGCUCCCGCGGGGCCUUCCGGGCAGAGCUGCUGAGCCCUACCUGAAAAGGGGGUCUGAGGACCGGCCCGGGAGGCUGCUCCUGGAUUUGGGCCCUGAUUCCAGCCCUGGUGGGGGUGGGGGCUGCAAGGAGAAGGCGCUGAGGAACCCCUACAGGGAGGAAUGUCUUGCUAAGGAGCAGCUCCCACAGGGGCAGCAUCCAGAAGCUGCCCAGCCUGGCCAGGUGCCCAUGAGGAAAAGACAGCUGCCUGCUUCCUUCUGGGAAGAGCCGAGGCCCACCCACAGCUACCAUGUGGGGCUGGAGGGGGGACUGGGCCCCAGGGAGGGACCUCCCUACGAGGGUAAGAAAAAUUGCAAGGGCUUGGAGCCCCUAGGGCCUGAGACUACCCCGGUGCCCAUGUCUCCAAGGGCCCUGGCUGAAAAGGAGCCGCUCAAGAUGCCUGGGGUCUCCCUGGUGGGCCGCGUCAAUGCCUGGAGUUGCUGCCCCUUCCAGUACCAUGGACAGCCCAUCUACCCGGGCCCUCUGGGGACCCUGCCUCAGAGUCCUGUCCCCAGCCUGGGCCUUUGGAGGAAGAGCCCAGCCUUUCCCGGGGAGCUGGCGCACCUCUGCAAGGAUGUGGACGGCCUGGGGCAGAAGGUAUGCAGGCCGGUGGUGCUGAAACCCAUCCCCACCAAGCCGGCUGUGCCCCCACCCAUCUUCAAUGUCUUUGGCUACCUCUAGCUGGGCCGAGAGGGCCUCAGCCCCCACCUCUGGCCUGCAGGAGUGUCGAGGUCCCCAAGGCGCUCUCCUGUGAGGAGGUGGCUGGGCCACAUUGUGGCCUCUUCUGUUUGUGUGCAUAUGGGAGUGGAGGGCAGGAUUGGGGUGGGGCUCCUCAGGCAGUCACCCUUCAGCCUUGCAGCCUUGGAAGCUGGGGGGCUGGACCUGGUUGGCCCCUCCCCAAGCAGGCCAGGGCCCAGCAGCUUGUCCCGCUGUCCCUGUGCAGACCAUGGGUGCUGGGAUGUUGCCCUUCCUUGCAGUCACCCCAGAAGCCAGAGUGACGCAUCUGUUCACCUGCCACUCACUCUGCGAGCCAAUCUCAGUCAUUGUUCUUGUUCUUCUUGUUCUUUGUAAAUAUUGAGAAAGUUAAAAGAAUAAAGAUAUUUCUUUUGGAGUUUCCAUA